CUUUUCCAUUCUUCUUCAUCUUUGAAGUUUUCUUGAUCAUAAAAUUUGUGAAGUUCUUUUAACUUUUUUUUUCUUUUCUGGAAGAGCUACAAGAGCAGUUUGUUAUUUGGGAUUUCGGAAAAAGAAAAUGGUGAAAGAAACUGAAUAUUAUGAUGUUCUUGGUGUUAGUCCUUCAGCAUCUGAAGAGGAGAUUCGCAAGGCCUAUUAUCUCAAGGCCAGGCAAGUUCACCCUGAUAAAAAUCCAGAUGAUCCUCUUGCUGCACAAAGAUUUCAGGAAUUAGGGGAGGCAUAUCAGGUUUUGAGUGAUCCAGUACAAAGAAAUGUAUAUGAUCAAAAUGGCAAGUCUUGUGUCUCUAGGGAAACUAUGCUUGAUCCAACUGCUGUGUUUGCACUCCUCUUUGGGAGCGAACUUUUUGAAGACUACAUCGGACAUCUUUCUGUGGCAUCAAUGGCUUCCUCUGAAUUAGUUGGCGAAAAUGACAACCCUGAGAAAAUCCAUGAUAGACUCAAGGGUGUCCAAAAGGAAAGGGAAGAAAAACUUGCCUGGUUACUCAAAGAUUUUCUUCAACAAUACGUUCGUGGUGACAGAGUAGGAUUUCUACGACGUGCUGAAUCUGAAGCUGAACGGCUUUCACAAGCAGCAUUUGGAGCUGAGAUUCUUCAAACUAUUGGAUACAUAUACACAAGACAGGCAGCCCAAGAGCUUGGAAAGAAAGCAAUUUACUUGGGAGUUCCAUUUAUGGCCGAGUGGGUUCGCAACAAAGGUCAUUUCUGGAAAUCACAGCUCACAGCAGCAAAAGGUGCUUUUCAACUGCUGCAACUUCAAGAAGAUGUUCGUCGCCAGUUUAAAAUGGAUGGUAGUGGCCCUGAAAAUGACGUUGAAUCACAUCUAAGAUUAAACAGAGAAACACUAAUGAAUUCGUUGUGGAAACUAAACGUUGUAGACAUUGAAGUAACUCUUUUGCAUGUCUGCCAAUUGGUGCUACAAGAAGGCAAUGUGAAGAAGGAAGAACUCAAGAAACGAGCGAUGGCUUUAAAGAUUUUGGGGAAAGUAUUUGAGAGGGAGAAGUGCGGACAAGGUGUUGGGACUUCAAAAAAGAAGACGAUAGGUGAUAUAAAUGCAGAGGAAACCAGUUCUGAUAGCAGUGAUGAUGAGGAAGACUCACAAAGAACACUAAAUUAUAAAACUCCUCUACUCACACAGGGAAUAGGCAGACUCUUUAGAUGUCUGUGUAAUCCAGCAUUCGACGUGGAUGAUGAAGAGAUUGUGUACAAAGGCAAGUGAUCAUCUUUGAGAAAUUGAGAAGAAAUUGUGGUUUCAUAUUCAUGAUACAACAACAAGACAUAUAUUAACCAAUCCCACAUAUCAUAUCAUAUACCGUUGUGGUACCCAUAAUUGAAAAACUCAGAAAGGCGUAAGCACAAAAGCUUUUGUUUGUAAUUGCAGUCUGUAAUGAAAUGUUGUUUGAAGUGGUAAUAUAAAAAUAAUUGUUCCUAGAACAAAAACGAAAAAAAUAAGUUAGCAAAAUGAAUUUGGCUAUUGUGCCUCUGUUUGAUAUGUUAAUAAUCACAUGGGAAGAUGUUUUUUUAACUUGAAGCUUCAAUUAGGGAACUGAACUGGUAAUCGCCUAUGUUCAAUAACAAUCCACUCCACACUACUUAAUUAUAUAUACAAAAUUUUCUUAUCAAAAAGUGGCUUAAUGUUCGCCGUCCAAUGUUGAUAUUACUUCUAUAAAUUCACAUCUAAUGUUUCAGUUUUCUUUUUCAUGCCAUUUCAGCAAAUCAAUUACUUUUGUCUUUUAAACAAGUAGAUUAUUUCUUUCGCCAUUUGACGCCUUCUGGCUUCCCCUUCACUAUAAGUUUCUUGAGUAUCUUAUUUCGGAUUGUGUAUUAUAUUAACACACCAGAACAAUAAUUCCUUUAAUUUUUAGUAAAACAAAGACACCAGAAAGAAAGAUUGUUUUCCCUUGGCCGAAGUUAUUACGAGCUUUCCCUCAACCGUUCAAAACUACCAAAAUUGUGGAAAAAAAAUUAAUCACGAGCAUGUUUCAAACCAACAAUAUUAAGCAAUAGCCACCAUUCACUAAUUUAGAUCAUAUUCAUUUACUAAAAGUACCUACAUUUAAAACUUUAAGUUACAUAACAUCAGCUCUUCACCACUCCGAAUUACUUUAUUUCUACAACUUACAUCCUCUUCUCACUUAUGUCAUCGUGACACCCUUUUCUAAAACCUGAUGAUACAGUAUAUUAUACGGUUCAAUAAAAGACAAACAUUCUCACAUCAGCAUUGAAAAUCUAGAGGAAGAGACAAGUCUGAUGUUAUGUUAUCAAUGACGUGCAAGUUAAGGCAAUGUCUACGUCUUAAAAAAAACAUUAACUUCAAUUCAACAUCUUCUACUUUGUUUCUAAUAAAACAACUAAGCCAUUUGUUUGAUAUGCAAGUUGUAACUAGGCAUGAUUCGAGAUGGAACUUUCUGCUUCUGUUUUAAACUCGAACUAAGGUGUGAGAUUAUCAAUUGAAGUCCAGAGGUAUUGCCACCAUUUUGAAACAUGACAUAUCAAGCUUUUUUCUCCUUAUGUUUUAGGGGUGAAGCAUGAAAUAGAAGUCUUUCACAAAACAUUUAAACACAUGAUAGGAGUCAGAAUAACAUAAACCAACAAGUUAUCAGUCCAAAAGAUUAAACAAACAGAACGGAUUGGCUUAUACAGCCAAGAAUGUCCAG